UGACUUAUGUUUGACAUUGACAUUUCUGAAAAAGUUGUAAUAUACAUAAUAAUCGAUUUAAAAUUAAUUAAACCAUUUUUCAACAGUGCUUUUUACUUGUACACAUUAUAAAAGCAAUGUCAAUUAGAAGAAAACUCGAUAUCGGAAAACUAUAAUCAAAAUAACCGACCUUCUGAAUUUAGUAUUACUUUAUUAAGUUACCCAAUAUGAGUAGUUUUAAUUAUGCUGAUAUACAUUCUAACAAUAGACGGCAUAAUGCUGUUCCACCCCCUUCUAGUGGUCUUAGCAAACAAGGUUAUUCUACUAUGAAUGCCAUUAGCCAAAAUGCUCUCUCUGCUGCUUGGGGAGGUACUAGCAGAAAAAGGGCUGCAACCGAAGAUGAAUAUUUUGAAGAGGAUGAUGAAGAAGCUGUUCCUGAUUUAGCAUAUAUUCCUGCUCCUGACAGCCCUACAAGAAUUGAAAUGGAAAAGAAGAAAAGAGAAGAAGAGGAGGAAGACGAUCCUCUAGAUGCAUACAUGGCUGGCAUUGAAAAACAAAUGCAAGUACAGAAACAAAAAUCCUGUACGUCUCAACAAACAGGUGUUCGUAAUGAUUUGGAAGAAGAAGAUGUAGAGGAAUCUUAUUACCGUUACAUGGAAGAAAAUCCUAAUGCAGGAUUAGCUCCUCAAGACGAUGAACACCCAGAAAUAGAAUAUGAUGAAGAUGGCAAUCCCAUAGCGCCUGAUAAAAAAAAAAUUAUAGACCCUCUACCUCCUAUUGAUCACUCUCUGAUAGAAUAUAAACCUUUUACAAAACUGUUUUAUGAGGAGCACCCUGAUAUUACAUCUCUAAGUAACAGUCAAGUGUCAGAAUUAAGAAAGACAUUGGAUAUCACAGUUUCUGGGAACUCACCGCCAAAUCCUGUAACAUCGUUCCCUUAUUUUGGAUUUGAUGAUAAACUGUUAAAAGCAAUUAUUAAAGCAGAGUAUUCCACACCAACUCCUAUACAGGCUCAGGCAGUACCAUGUGCUCUACUUGGACGUGAUGUUCUUGGCAUUGCACAAACGGGAAGUGGAAAAACUGCAGCUUUCUUAUGGCCAUUAUUAAAGCAUGUAGCUGCUCAAAAACCUGCUGAGGAAGGUGAAGGCCCCAUAGCUUUGAUUUUAGCACCUACGAGGGAAUUAGCUUUACAAAUCUAUAAUGAAACAAAGAAAUUUGCCAAAGUAUAUGAUUUAAAGGUUAUAUGUGCAUAUGGUGGGGGCUCAAAGUGGGAGCAAAGUUUGGCUUUGAAAGAAGGUGCUGACAUUGUUGUCGCAACUCCUGGAAGAAUUAUUGACCAUGUUAAAAGCGGAGCGACAGAUCUUCAAAGAGUGACAUUCUUAGUUCUCGAUGAAGCUGAUAGAAUGUUCGAAUUAGGUUUUGAACCACAAGUGAGAUCUGUUUGUAACCACGUUCGUCCAGAUAGGCAAACUUUGUUGUUUUCGGCCACAUUCCGCAAACGAAUUGAGAAAUUAGCAAAAGAUGCUUUGACAAAUCCUAUAAGAAUAUCUCAAGGUAUUACUGGACAAGCCAAUGAGGAUGUCACACAGCACGUUUUCAUCUUACCAAACCAAGAAUCUAAAAGAGAAUGGUUGUUCAACAAACUUGUGGAACUUUUAUCUGCCGGUUCUGUUUUGGUUUUUGUCACAAAGAAAUUGGAUGCAGAACAGGUUGCUAACGAUUUAAAAGUGAAAGAAUUUACUUGUCUACUACUUCAUGGAGACAUGGAACAGGCAGACCGUAAUAAAGUUAUCACAAGCUUUAAAAAAAAUGAAUGCUCUUUAUUGGUUGCCACGGAUGUUGCAGCCCGAGGUUUAGAUAUUCCACAUGUUAGAACUGUCGUUAAUUAUGAUAUUGCGAGGGAUAUUGACACCCACACCCACAGAAUUGGAAGAACAGGACGUGCUGGAACUCAGGGGACUGCGUACACUUUGUUAACACCCAAAGAUAAAGAAUUUACGGGACACAUCGUAAAAAACUUGGAAGCAGCUCAUCAAGAAGUCCCUCAAGAUGUAUUAGAUCUUGCAUUGCAAAGUUCUUGGUUUAGAAAGCAAAGGUAUAAAAAAAAGGAUCAUAAUCCUAACGUAGGUGGACUAGGUUUAGGAUUUAAAGAAAAAUCUUCAGUUCCAAGGAGUGCACCAAAUUCUUUGCCAUCUAAUAGUGGAGUUCAGCCCUCUAGAGGACCUGCUACAGAUAGGUUAUCUGCUAUGAAGGCAGCCUUUCGAGCACAAUACCAAAAUCAGUUUACAGCAAGUAUUGAUCAACCUCCACCACUUAUUACAAGAAAGAAAACUCGAUGGGAAUAAUAACAUAUUCCAUUUUUUUUUUGUAAAGUGUUAAAGUUGUAAUGUAAUGCAAUAAAAUUUAUUGUAAAUUAAA